CAGAAAGUCAAAGAAACAAGGACUAGUUCAAAGUGAGAGUAAAGGACACGGAUAACAGUUUUCUGCGUGGAAGUGGAAGUUGGGUUUCACAUUUUUAUCAUGAGAGGACACGCUCUUAAGUUUUUCUGCCAAUUGCCAGAACUUUAAAUUGAUUCCUUUCAUCUUGCUGGUUUUUUAUCUUUAAGUUUGGACAAAUGGACUGACCAGAAGUUUUCACAUCUUGGAAUAAUGAGUGACUCCUCCAGGAUUCAUUUUUACAUGGGGAUUUAACUGUUGUUUUAGAAAAAAAAACUGUAAAUGGUACAUUUGGAGGAAGCCAUGGAAUUUUAUUUGCGAUUCCACUUUUUUACAGUUUUUGUCUCAUGUAUUAAGGUUUAUGCUCAAGUGGUACAACCUGUGAAGCAUCCAGGCCUGCAGGUGCUGGGCACGGCCUCACAUUAUUGGCCUCUCGAUGCUGUGGACGGAAUCCAUGAGCUGUGGGACCAGAUUGGAAAGAGACCAGGUUAUGUUAACGGGAGUAACAUAACUCUCAGAAUCCACAACCACACUGUGCUCCCUUCCUCACAUAACUCUUCCUAUGUGUAUACCAAUGACUCUGCCUACACUAACAUUUCUGCAACAGUAGACAUUGUUGAAGGAAUGGUUAACAAGGGCAUCUUUCUGAAUGGAGAUAAUGGCGGCACCUUUCUUCACUUUGGAAACUACCAGAACUCUUGCAUCAGUGACCCUACUCUGUGCGGUCCUGAGGGGAUUACCUUCUCCUUUUUUUGGAAAAACCAUGAGGCCGAGUCCCGCUUUGCUGUCGCCUCUGGAGGGAAAGUUAUAUCUAACGGCUUCUCCGUCUUCACUAAUCCCUUUGGAGGUUAUGUGGAGUUUUACACUCGAGGCAACAACCACAGGUGGAAGGCCAACAUCAGAGUCCCAGGGCCUUACUGGACCCACAUUCUCUUCACAUGGAAAAAGACGGACGGUCUGAAGGUCUACAUCAACGGCACCUUCACUGCUGGCGACACAGCUGGCAACGUUUCGGCGAACUACGGCGACCCCUACCCUGACCUGGUCAUCGGAACUGGCAAUGACAGGGCGUAUGGUCACUAUUUAACAGGCGCUUUUGAUGAGUUUGUCAUCUGGGAAAGGGCCCUUUCACCCGACGAUAUUAAGCUCUACUACAACGCAGCGAUAGGUCAAGCCAUUGUCUCUGCCACAACACCCAGAUCCUCCAAGGAAGUCAUUUCAACAACACCAACAGUUAGAGCCACUGCAGUGAGUCCUCCUGUCAUCAGUAGUCAGGGUGAGGAGGCCCAAAGCUCCCCGGAUCCAGAGCCGAUGCCAGUGUUGGGCUUCCUGACGGUGCUGCCCAACAGGACCAUUCCUCACAACACUGCCAACAACCUCACGCAGGCUUUUCUCAAAAGUGUGGAAGAAGUGCUGUCCUCUCCUGGGCUGCCAGAGCAGUCCACCCCUGUGGCCAGCGGUCUGAUCAAGACCGUGGACCGAGUGAUGGAACACAUGGUGACGAAUCUGGAGCCCAGCCCGAACUCUCUCAUCACCUUGGGUGGAACAUCUUUUGUUGCAGAUUAUUCUCUGAUGAAGGUCCCGCAGAACUACAACCUGCAGCAUUAUCGCUUCCCUACACAUGGCAAGAGCUACAUAUCUGUGCCUGGGGAGGCUCUCACUUUGCAGUCUCAAACCACCAUUGUUGGCCUCUUCUACCACAACAUGCACAGCUACUACAAAGAAAUCAGCCCAGUCAAGACCAGGAUUAACGAAGCUUCUGAUUUCAAGGAUCACAAGAUCCAGGUAGCGAGCUGUCUAAUCUCCCUUAAGGUGGAGCCUUCACCAGCCUUGUCAGUCAACCUCUCUGGAGCACCUCUCAUCAAGAUUGUCCUCACCCACGUUCUGACUAAAGAACAGCAAGACCAAGUUCUAAAUCAGAGCAAUAAAGUCUUCCUCUACUGUGCAUUCUUGGACUACAGCUCAAAUGAGGGAGUGUGGUCCAACAAAGGUUGCGUCCGCUCAGAUGGAAACAUGACAUACUCUGUGUGUCUGUGCAACCACCUCACCAACUUUGCCAUCCUAAUGCAAGUGGUUCCCUUAAAGCUCACUACUGGCCACCGGGUGGCACUAUCAACCAUUGGUUAUGUUGGCUGCUCCAUUUCUAUCUUGUGUCUCACCAUCACUCUUGUCACCUUUGCAGUCUUGUCGUCAGUGAGCACCAUCCGUAACCAACGCUACCACAUCCAUGCCAACCUGUCCUUCGCCAUCCUGGUGGCUGAGAUCUUACUGCUCAUCAGUGCCCGCUUUGACCCGGGCACGCUGCCUUGUAAGGUGAUGGCCAUCCUGCUACACUUCUUCUUCCUGAGCGCCUUCGCCUGGAUGCUGGUGGAGGGCCUCCACCUCUACAGUAUGGUGGUGAAGGUGUUUGGCUCCGAGGGCAGCAAACACUUCUACUAUUACGGCAUCGGCUGGGGCUCUCCAUUGGUCAUAUGUGUAGUGUCCAUGACAUCAGCUCUGGACAGUUAUGGCGACGUUGACAACUGUUGGCUUUCACUGAAGAAUGGAGCCAUCUGGGCUUUUGUGGCACCGGCUCUGUUUGUCAUCGUGGUGAACAUCGGCAUCCUGAUUUCUGUGACCAGGAUCAUAUCUCGAAUCAGCGGAGAGAAUUAUAAGGUUCAUGGAGAUGCCAAUGCAGUCAAGCUGACGGCGAAGGCUGUGGCUGUGCUGCUUCCUAUACUUGGCAUCUCUUGGAUCUUUGGCGUUCUUGCCAUUAACACACACUCUUUGCCGUUCCUGUACAUCUUCGCUGUGUUCAACUCAUUACAAGGAUUCUUUGUUUUCUUAUUUCACUGUCUUCUCAACUCUGAGGUCAGAGCUGCUUUCAAACAUAAAACCAAGGUGUGGUCCCUCACCAGCAGCUCCAUCCGAAACAUCAAUGUGAAGCCCUUCAACUCUGACAUUAUGAAUGGAAACAAGGAGGGUGUGACACCUACCAAGAUGAACACAUGGGACAAAAGCACCAACUCAGCCAAUCGUAUCGACCUCUCCGCCGUGUAGAAAUGCAAACAUUAUGUCAGUGGCAGGAGAGCGACCUGAAGCUCACUGGUGACAGGAUGACAAACACUGGCCAGAGUACUCUCCCGUUACGUUAUGCGAUGAAUUGGAUACUCGUUCACCUCAAAGAGGGUGACAUUAGUGAAUGAGGGGUUCUGUUCUCAUUUCAAAGACAAACAGACGAUGAGGAUUGUGCCUUAUUAUUGUCCCAUAAAAACACACUGAUUUCCCACAAUCAAGCAAAGGGAUUUUUGAGGAGCAGGUCAGUAAAGUGACAGAAAGUCUAAAGAUCCGUGAGUGCAGUUCAGGCUCAGACAAUGGCGUCCUGUGAGGUCUCUGUUCGUCUGUUGUCUGGUCCGUCUGUAGGCUAUAUUGCAUCGAUUUAAUGGUUGACCAGGGUUUAGUUAAGGGAAUAGUUGAGAAAGGUAUUUGCUCUCUUGCCAAGUGUUAGGGUCGAUACCACAUGUCUGAAUGGUAAAUAUGAGGUUACUGCCAGCAGCUAUAGUUCACGCAGGUGAAUACAGCUGGUCUGGCACGGUCCAGAGAUUGUAACAAAAUCUGCCUUUUAGCAUCUCGAACAGUUAAUGUGUCAUACCAGCUUUGUUUCACCUGCACCAAAAACAACAUGUAAAAACAACACAUUAUGUUGCCAGACUACACUGUAAAAUCUCACAAGUUGAUCUUAAUAAAAAAAAUACUCGUGCCUUGAAAAACAGUAACAAGUAAAUUGAACUAUUAGUCUCAUGUUAUAUUUACUUUAUAUUUAAUUGUUGAUUUAUCUUACUUUAGCAGUUUAAGUAAAGCGAGUUACUCUGACUUAGUUAAUAGUUGUGUUCACAACUUUAGGAAACUGAUUCCCUUAGAAAAAUUAAAGUAAACACACAAAGAAUGUUUGCUUCACUAUUUUUAUUUAGCAACGUGUUUCCCUCUGUUUCCAUGAUUUGUGCUAAGAUAAUCUAUUGAUGUAGCUUCAGAAUACAGACACGACAGUAGCAGAGAUCUUAAAAUCUAACUCUCAGCAGGAGAGAACAUUUGCUAACAUCUCAAACUUUUCCCUAAAAUCACAUUGAUAUGUUUGAACAUGCAAUUUGUCUCACACAGAAAAAUCACUGGAGAUGAUAUUAAGUACAACAGUAUUUUCAGGUGUGGUUGGUACAAAUGAAAAACCAUGCAGAAAAAAGCAAGACAUAUAUUUUCCUUAAUUAUAGUGUUAGAUGUAUUCAUUAAAAACAAUGACCUUAUAACAGUAUUCCUCAAUGAAAAACUUUAAAUAGAAAAACUGCUAUACCUGGAUCAAUUUCUUUGAGAUUCACUUGAUUCAUACAGCUUUAAUGACAGCACCACACAACAACAGCAUAAUAACUGAUGAGUGAUGAGACCCUUUGUAAUUCUGAUAUAAAUAAUGUAUUUAUUUAUUUGUGAUUCUGCGUUCUUUAUCAUGUUUCCUGUAAAGUGUCACAGCUCAACAAUCAUUGUGUUCUCUUGUUAAAUUCUGUGUUGAUUUGAGUGUUUUCUCUCCUGAACGCUAUAUUUGUGUUUGCAGUGCCUCACAUCCUAGUAAGCUGUGGUAUGUUAUGCUUUUUGAGGAGUAGUGGUUGUGUUUUGGACAAUUCUGUGAACUUAUGCUAUUUCUUUUGCUCAUUUCUCAUACAUUUUCAUAUAUUUUUUGUACAAUAAAAUAUGAAUUUUUUGACUACAACAGAGGGACUUGAAUAGGUUGUUGCUUUUUCCUUAACAUACUGUGAGAAUAGAGGGAGAAGGCAUGUUUUUAAAUGUCCUGUUGAUAUUACACUGUACCAACAUUUAGAUUCCUAAGACAGGAUUUACUGUAAGUCCCUCUGUGCUCUCUUUUCAUGUCAGAUUUAAAGUUAAAUAUUUCUAGUAUUUCUAAGCUUGUAUAUGGCCGCCAGUGAUUGUUGUUUUAUGGUACUAUGAUUUAUGCU